AUGUUGCUGGUGUUUACCCUGCUUCUGCUGCUUCUACUACAGAUAACCUGUGGGAUGUGGAAGACCAAAUGCUCCUUGACUUUGGAAGGGAGUAUAACACAGCGCGUGCAGGAUUUCAAGUCAGCAGACUAUAUCCUUGGCGGGAUUGCUUCUGAAAAUAUGGUUCUGCGCCCAUUUCACCAUUUCAAUGUGUCUCCCUCUACCCAAGAAUACUUCCAGGCAGAAGCAAGAAAUAUAUGGCAUCUCCUUUCCUUCAUGUUCACCAUCCAAGAGAUCAACCAGAAUCCAAGUAUCUUAUCGAAUAUCACUUUGGGCUACAACCUCCAUGAUAUUUAUUGCAGCGAAGAAAUGACUUCUGAAGCCUUGCUUGACCUUCUUUCUUUUGGACAAGCCAAUAUUCCAAAUUAUACGUGUGGAGGCGAGGAGAAUCUGCUGGUUGUUCUUGAUGAGACAGACUCUGACAUCUCCAUCCAGAUUUCAACCCUCUUAGGCAUCUACAAAAUCCCACAGAUAUCUUAUGCUUUUGUUUCUCAAGUGUUGAGCAAUAAAGACAUGUUCCCGUUUUUUUACCGGAUGGUGCCUGAAGAAGGAAUCCAAUAUUUAGGGAUGGUCAAACUCCUCCUUUAUUUCAGGUGGACCUCCACCGGCCUCGUUGCUCCAGACACAGACAAAGGAGAGGUGUUUCUGAAAACGUUGACGCCGCUCCUGGAAACGAAUGGCAUUUGUGUCCUUUUCUCACUAACCCUCUCAGGGAUAAAUCGGUACCAAGCGGAUAUCCCUUCUGAUAUCUUUCUCAAGUGGAAACAAAUCAAUGUAUAUAUUUUCUUGGUGGAGACAAAGUCUGGCUUCUUUAGAAUGCUUCUUAUAGAAAAUGUCUUUGAGGAGGAAAUAAAGCCUAAACAAGGGAAAAUCUGGAUCAUUACAGCAAUGAGGAAUAUCAUCCUUGACUUGAAGUAUUCUUCUCUGUCUUUCCAGUACACCUAUGGCUUUUUUUCUUUCUACAUCCAGACCAAAAAUAAGAUAAAAUAUGAUGACAUGGCUCUCUUCUUUGCUUCAAUGGACUGGUAUGUUUAUCGAUCAUUUCGGUGUUCGUAUUCAAAACAUGUCUUGUCCGUGAAUGGCUGGAUCAGAUGCAGAGAGAGAGAGAAGCUGAGGUCUUUGCCCCAGGAGCAGAUUGAAAGGGUGCUUUCCCUCAAUGGCUACCGCCUCUACCACACCAUCUGGGCAGUGGCCCAUACCUUAAACGCUGCCUAUGCCUCCAGAUCCAAGUGGAGGAGGAGGAAAAGUGGGAAGGAGUCAGGAAUUCAAACGCUGCAGCCUUGGCAGCUACAUCCUUUUCUACAAAAUUCUCAAUUUUACAACAACUCCAUAGAGAGUGUAUACCUAAGUAAGGACGGAGAGCUGAUAGCUGACUUGGACAUUAUCUACUGGGUGAAGUUUCCCAAUAAAUCUGUCAAUCAAGUCGUCUUUGGGAGCGUAGAGAGACAGGGAUCCUUGGAGUCCGAGUUGAUUAUCAAGGAGGAUGCCAUCGUGUGGCCAAAAUGGCUGAACCAGUCCAUGCCCCCUUCCAGGUGUGUUGAAAGCUGCUAUCCCGGAUGGGUCAAGCUAGUUCCAGAAGGAGAUCCAGUCUGCUGCUACAAGUGUGUUCUUUGUGCAGAUGGGACCAUCUCCAUUCAGGAAGAUUCAGAGCAAUGCAUCAGAUGUCCAAACAAUCUCUAUCCAAACGAAGAUCAAGAUCGAUGUAUCCCUAAGAUUACAGUCUUCUUCCAUUACAGAGAAACUUUGGGCAUUAUCAUGGUUUCCUUUGCUUUAUUCUUAUCCUUAAUCACUGGGUUCAUUUUAGGAAUCUUUAUUAAAUAUUUGGAGACCCCGAUAGUCAAAGCCAAUAACCGGGAUGUUUCCUACAUCAUCCUCACUUCCCUCCUGCUUUCCUUCUUGUCCACUUUUCUCUUCAUUGGGCGGCCAAGCAAAGCCACUUGCCUCCUCCGACAAACAGCCUUCAGCAUCAUCUUCUCAGUGGCUGUCUCUUCCAUCCUGGCCAAAACGAUCACGGUGGUGCUGGCUUUCCUGGCCACAAAGCCAGGGAAGAGGAUGAACAGAUGGCUUGGGAAGAGUUUUGCCAACUCCAUUAUCCUUUCUUGUUCUGCUGUCCAGAUAAUCAUUUGCUCCAUCUGGCUCAGUGUUUCUCCACCUUUUCCUGACUCUGACAUGCACUCCCAACCCAGAGAGAUCACCCUGCAAUGCAAUGAAGGCUCUGUCGCCAUGUUUUAUGUUGCCCUUGGGUACAUGGGCUUCCUGGCUGCCAUCUGCUUCACGGUGGCUUUCCUGGCCAGGAAUCUGCCUGGGGCCUUCAACGAAGCCAAGCUGAUCACCUUCAGCAUGCUGGUCUUCUGCAGCGUUUGGCUGUCCUUUGUGCCUGCCUAUCAGAGCACCAAGGGGAAGUCCAUGUGUUGUAGAAAUAAGGAGCUGAAGCACAUUCCUGGGUCAGACAGAUCUGUUUAUUUGCGCAAGAUUCAGGGCUAUGUUUGA